CACGUGCCUUUCGGUGUGUUGGUAAAACAUCCCCAUACCACGCAAUCGGACAAGGAGAUUCUGCAGGCCACAUUCAACUCGGUUCGUGAACUGGUCGGACCGGUAGCUGCGUUCAACCAGGCCUGUUUGGUGCCCAAAUUGCCGAAAACACGAUCGGGGAAAAUUUCGCGAGGAAGUUUGGCCGAAAUGGCAGCGGGUAAACCUGUUCGAAUACCCAUAACGAUCGAGGACAUCUCGGUGUAUGGACAGAUCUACGAAGCAUUCAAAAAGGGCGGAUUGAACCCAAGCAAGCCGCCGACGGACAAUUGA